AUGGGACAGCAAGGCAGCGUCAGCGAACCGGCCCCAUCUUUUGUGGAUGUGUGUGGUGCGCUGGAAGAAGGUGAGCGAGCGAACAAGUCCUGGACAUUGGAUUCGAAUCAGUCGAAGAUUCCGGACAAGUUCCAGCGACUGGCGCUACUCGGUCAUCUGGAGGUGGAUGCCGAAAUCGCUCGUGGCAUUUCAUUGAAAGAGUCCCUGCGGCAGGGUGGGCAGCUAUGGCUGACCCGUCCGCCGAACUUGGAUGAGAGGUCUCGCGCAGCACUAUGGAAUCGGUCCCGGCCCGUAGAGAAUUUUGACCUCUUCCUUUCUCACACGUGGAUCACCGCAGGCAAGUGGAAACUCUUGUCGCUCUUGCUGCAAUUUGGCUCGCACAAGGCUCUCUUCGUCUGGGUGCUCGGAGUAGGUGCUACAGCCGUGCUCACUGUACUUGGAGUUCUGCCAUCUCCCUGGACGGUCCAGGUUCACCUUCUAGACUGCCACAUUUCCGGCGCUGUUGGUCCGUGGAUUCUUCUUGUCAGUGCUCUUGCUACUGUCUUGGGGCUACUUGCCGCACCCUACUUUCCAAGCAUACGUCGUCGGUCGGAUGUUUGCUUCGUGGACGUGGCCAGCAUACACCAGUCAGAUACGGAUCUCAUGGAGCGGGGUAUCUACGGCAUAGGUGGGUUUCUCAGCAUAUCUUCAGAGCUGCGAGUGCUGUGGUCGGCUCCCUACUUGUCAAGAUUGUGGUGUGUUUUUGAACUGGCAGCAUUUCGGACGGCUAAUCCCACCGGCAAGAUUACUCUGUCUCCACUCUUCGUGGAGCUGAUUGUGGUUCUGAUCUUGCUGAUGCAGUACGUCCAUAGCACCUUCCUGUGGGCCCACUGGGCUUGGCGUGGUGACGACGAGUACCGGCACCUGUCGCACAUGAUAGGCGUCUUGCCGUGCUUCUUCAUGAUGCACCUGCUGCGCAAAGCCCACCUACUCAAACAUGAGCUGUUCUCCAACUUGGAAAACUUCGACAUCAGCCGGGCUGAAUGCAGCACUGAUUUCGAUAAGCGCUUCAUCCGUGCCGCAAUUGUCCGGUGGUACGGCAGCGAGGAAGCGUUUACCCAGUUCGUGCGUGGCCCAUUGAGGGAG